AAUUUUAAAGGGUGCCUCGGGACUGUCCAUAAUUUUAAAGGGUGCCUCGGGACUGUCAAUAAUUUUAAAGAGUGCCUCAGAACUGUCCAUAAUUUUAAAGGGUGCCUCAGAACUGUCCACAAUUUUAAAGGGUGCCUCGGGACUGUCCAUAAUUUUAAAGGGUGCCUCAGCACUGUUCAUAAUUUUAAAGGGUGCCUCGGGACUGUCCUGUCCAUAAUUUUAAAGGGUGCCUCGGGAAUGUCCAUAAUUUUAAAGGGUGCCUCAGAACUGUCCAUAAUUUUAAAGGGUGCCUGGGGACUGUCC